AUGAUGAAGCGACAAAUUUUGCUAUUAGCAAUGUUUGUAAUACCGUACACCUAUGAAGCGGUUGGUGGUUUAAUUGGACAAACGCAAUCAUCAGGUGCUAAAGGUUAUUUGACAUGUAAUGGGCGACCUGAAACUGAUGUAUUGGUUAAACUCUAUGAUGACGAUAGAGGCUUCGAUUUUGAUGAUUAUAUGGGUGAAACAGUUACUGAUUCUCGUGGAUAUUUUGAAGUUUCCGGAUAUAAUGCUGAAAUAACAAAAAUUGAUCCUAAAAUAAACAUCUAUCAUGAUUGUAACGAUGGUUGGUGGCCUUGCCAACGUAAGAUCAGCAUUAUGAUACCGGACGAAUUCAUUUCAGUUGGCAAUGUACCACGAAAAAUUUAUGAUAUUGGAACAAUUGAAUUAGCUGGUGAAUUUAGCGGUGAAACACGUGAUUGCAUACAUUAG